AUGCCGUCCGAGUCAGUGUGCCUGCGACCUCCCCAGCAGCCUGAAGGCAGGAUGCUCAAGGGACAGCUUCCAAGCACAGAAAAAGACCUCGCACAGAGCUCCAGCCCGGGGUCCCUGCCCUCCACCGCCUUCCAGGGCCCAGAGAAGAGCCCGGUGCUUCCUUUCAGCAUUCCGGCAAAACUUAGCAGCGCGGACCCACAAACAGAGGCAAAACCCAUCGCCCCGCGGCCCCCGGCCAGGCCCAGGCCCAGGCUGGAGCGAGCCCUGUCCUUAGACGACAGGGGCUGGAGAAGAAGGCGUUUUCGAGGCAGCCAUGAGGACCUGGCAGCCCAGAAUGGGGCCAGUCCCUCCAGGGGUUCUGAGCAGAGGGAAGCCCCCCCGAGCCCCACCCCCAGUCUCUCCCCACCCUGCCUGAGCACCUCCUUGCAGGAAAUCCCCAAGUGCCGCAGGGGCCCAGGCAGCGAGGAAGGGAGCCCAUCUUCAGGGGGUACGUGUCUCUCCGGGGUGCUCAGCGGCUCCCUGGACCUCCUGCACAGAGACGAGCUCUGCACAGCGCACUCCCCCAGGUUGGCCGGCCUGCGUCCCCCUCGCCCACCGCCCGCCAUGGACCUGGACAUCACCUCCAGCUCCCUGAGGACGGCAAACAAGGUUGACUCGGAUCAUGCCGACUACAAGCUCCGCAUGCAGACCAGACUGGUGCGGGCCCACAGCAGCCUGGGCCCUGGCCGGCCCCGGAGCCCCCUGGCCUGCGACAGCUGUUCCCUUCGCUCGGCCAAAUCUGCCUUCAGUCUCCUGGCGCCCAUCCGCACCAAGGAUGUCCGCAGCAGGAGCUACCUAGAGGGGAGUCUCCUGGCCAGCGGGGCCCUGCUGGGGGCGGACGAGCUGGCCCGCUACUUCCCGGACCGGAACGUGGCUCUCUUUGUGGCCACCUGGAACAUGCAGGGCCAGAAGGAGCUGCCACCAAGCCUGGACGAGCUCCUGCUUCCUGCCGAGGCAGACUACGCCCAAGACCUUUAUGUCGUCGGGGUGCAGGAGGGCUGUUCCGACAGGCGGGAGUGGGAGACUCGUCUGCAGGAGACGCUGGGUCCCCACUACGUGCUACUGUCCUCGGCGGCCCACGGGGUGCUCUACCUGUCCCUGUUCAUCCGCCGGGACCUCAUCUGGUUCUGCUCAGAGGUGGAGUGCUCCACGGUGACCACACGCAUCGUGUCUCAGAUCAAAACCAAGGGCGCCUUGGGCGUCAGCUUCACCUUCUUCGGCACCUCUUUCCUGUUCAUCACGUCGCACUUCACCUCUGGGGACGGGAAGGUGGCGGAGCGGCUGCUGGACUACGCCAGGACCGUGCAGGCCCUGGCCCUGCCGCGGAACGUGCCGGACACCAACCCCUACCGCUCCAGUGCAGCGGAUGUCACCACCCGCUUUGACGAGGUGUUCUGGUUCGGAGACUUCAACUUCCGCCUGAGCGGUGGGCGCGCGACCGUGGACGCCCUCCUGCUGCAGGGCCCGGAGGCGGACGUGCCGGCGCUGCUGCAGCACGACCAGCUGACCCGGGAGAUGAGGAAAGGGUCUGUCUUCAAGGGCUUCCAGGAGCCAGACAUCCACUUCCUGCCAUCAUACAAGUUCGACAUUGGGAAGGAUACCUACGACAGCACGUCCAAGCAGAGGACCCCUUCGUACACGGACCGGGUCUUGUACAGAAGCCGCCACAAGGGUGACAUCUGUCCAGUGAAGUACGCUUCCUGCCCUGGGAUCAAGACGUCCGACCACCGCCCCGUGUAUGGCCUGUUCCGAGUGAAAGUGCGGCCCGGGCGCGACAACAUCCCACUGGCUGCCGGCAAGUUUGACCGAGAACUGUACUUAAUAGGAAUUAAAAGACGGAUUUCAAAAGAAAUUCAGAGACAGCAAGCGCUAAAGAACCAGAACUCCAGCACUAUUUGCACUGUGUCUUGAAGCUGCACGAGGACUCACCAGCUGCAGCGGGGGAGAGCAUUUGACCAAAAGUCACUGGAAGGCGGAAGCAUCCGCCACUGGGUGGCCUCUCACCCUCUGGGACCCUCGUGAGCCAGCCCAGGCUGUCCCACUUUCUUCUCAAGCGGCACUGUGCCCUGCCGUGUGCGUGUCCCAGCAAGGAAGCCGGCCCUCAGCCUGAGCGCACCUGUCCCGGCCAGGACAUGUCCACACGGGCACAGGCGGAGAUCGGACCCCACACUGUAGCACCGCAGCGCCCACGCUUCUGCCAGUGAGCACCGGCACUCUCCCUCAACACCCUGUUCAUGCCUUCACACCCGCAUCCAUGUCUCCGGAUCUGCGUCCUCCUGGCAGCCCUUCACAGCCCCCGAGAGCCGAGCCCUUCCUCCUCCGAGUACCCCAGGCUGCACGGGGGUCUGCAGAGGCUGGGCUGGGGCCGGGCCACCCCUCAGACCCCUGGAGUGCCCGAGAGCCCAGCUGACGAAGCCAGACACUUGGGCGUGACGCGGUCUCCCUCUGCUAGGCUGCAAGUCACUACCUCGGGACAAGGAGGCCCCAGCUGAAUGAGACACUGUUUGCCAUCUCCUGUCCUGUGAAAACAUGUCACAGUUUCGUAGCAUCAGCCACAGAAGGACAUUAGUAGAGCAGUGCUGGGACCUGCCGGAAGCUUAGAGUCACCACUGUCCACCUGGCCAGGAUCUGCCGCCACGUCCUGGGUUUUUUCUUGGAGAGGGUUCGAACUCGUCCUUGCUCUUUGCAUCUUACCCCAUCUUUUGAAAAAAAUAACGUAGGCUUUGGA